AUGUACCGACCUAUUUCGGAGGCGAGGCUCCACUUUCUGCUUCUGGUACAUCUGCUCGCAAGCGUCACGGCUUUGGAGGUCACCUAUCCCAAGAUCGGGACCAUCUAUCCUACGAAAGGUCCGCUUGACGUGCAAUGGCAGUCAAAUGACGACCUUGAUCCCACGGAGCUUGCAAUCUACCUAGCAACGUAUAGUGGGCAAACUUUGAAGAGCGAACAGCGGUGUAUUGUUGCCACUAUAGACGAUGGAUCUACUGCCAUCACUUUGAGUCAACCGCCACCACAAGGGGACUCUUGGACUUGGAUGUUCUAUGACAACGACCUGAUCAUCUCUCUCGGCAAUAACUAUAUCGCACAGUCGGUGCAUUUCCAGUUCCAGAGCGCCACGCCAACCCCAACCCCAAUCGCGUCUGCAGGGAGUUCUUCGAAAGGCCUAUCACCAGGCAUCGCGGCGGCCAUUGGCGUCGGAGGGACCCUUGUUGUGGUGGCUUUGGGGCUGUUCGUCGGCUACUGCUGCUUCUAUCGACGACGGCAACAGAAGAAGCGCGAAACCAUCAGUGCCUUGCCCUACACGCCGGGUCACCGAUACUCCAAGCAGGAGCUGGACAGUAAACCCGGCACAGCUCAUGGCCCACCACUCUCCAGUUCCUCAAAUCCACCGUCCUAUGCUGGGAUCAAGGAACCAGCGCAGCACGAGAUGGAAGUCUAUCCGAGCAGCCCGUCCACGCCUUUGUCAUCGGGCAAUGUGGUAUCGCCUGGCGCCGAGCUCUCGGUCAACGCCCGUCACUCGCAUCUCCCGCGCCAGCACGUCAACACGCCGUCCUCGCCAUGGAGCGAAUUAGCUCCAUCCCCCGCACGGCAUGAAAUGUAUCACGAUCCGCAUCGCGCCUUUCCUCAAGAACUACCCUGA